AUGGACCUCCAAAAGAAACGACUGGGACCACCAGGGGCAAUGGACAAGUAUGUGACUUUCCAUAAUCUUCCAGGAAGGGUGGAGACCAUUGAUGCCAGAGAAACUGCUCCAAUGAGUGCUUCAAAUAACAUGAUUGAGAACGAGUCAAAACCAGGAUUACUCAUAGCUGUACCAGGAGAACUGCGUGGUUAUGAGCUGGCACACAAAAGACACGGGAGACUGAAAUGGAAGGAGCUGUUUGAGCCCAGUAUAAAGCUGGCAUUUGAUGGCUUUAAGAUUGAUAGUGCUUUGGCCAAAGCCAUUCAAAAGAAUAAGAAUACAAUUCUGGGGAAAAAAUCUUUGUGUGAUGUAUUUUGCCACCCAAACAAUACCACCCUGAGGGAAAAUGAUACUAUAAGAUUUCCCAAACUAGCUGCCACCUACUGUAGGAUAGCAGAAGAAGGAGCAAAUAUUUUUUACAGUGGGUCAUUGACUCAGACUAUAGUGGAUGAUAUCAAGGCUGAAGGAGGAAAUAUAACACAUCAAGACCUAAAGGAUUAUGAGCCAGCACUGAAUGAAUCUGCAUUAAACUUUACUGUGGGGAAAUACAUGUACUUUGUCCCUGGUGCUCCAUUCGGUGGACCUUUGCUCGCUUUGAUGCUCAAGAUACUCAAUGGUUAUGGCAUGUCAAGCAGCAAUAUGUCCACAGACGGGAACAAGAUAUUGACCUAUCACCGCAUUAUAGAGACAUUCCGCUUCGCAUCUCAGGUGGAGGGUGAAUUGAUAGAGCAGCAUCCUGAUCAUGUCAAUGCUUUUGUCCAAAACAUCAUCUCAGAUGACUAUGCAGCAGCCUUCAUCAGGAACCCAAUGAAAGAUGACACCAACAAACAAUUAAGCAACAAAGAGGAACAUAUUUUGUGUAAGGACGCUGGCACAUCUCACCUGUCAGUCAUCGCAGAUGAUGGGAGUGCAGUGGCAGUUACCAGCAGCAUCAAUAGACAUUUUGGUUCUAAGGUGAUUUCUCAAUCAACAGGCAUUAUAUUUAAUGACCAACUGUGUGAUUUCAGAUAUGCUCACUUGAUCAAACCAGGUAGAAAACCACCUUCAUCAAUGUCUCCCACAAUUAUCUUGGAUAAGGGUAAGCCAAAAAACGAACAAGUCAAAAUGGUGGUUGGAGCUUCAGGUGGGCGAAUAAUCACCUCAGCAACUGUUCAGGUGAUCCUGAACUACCUGUUCUUUGGUUACAACCUGCAGAAAGCUAUUAAAGAACCCAGAGUUCACAGUCAGUUAAACCCUGAUAAAACAUUUGUUGAAGAUCAUUUUGAGGAGGAUAUAAAAAAACACCUAAAGAAGUAUUACAACAUAGUUGACAUGGACUCAACAGGAAAUCCCAAUGUAAAUGAGAGGCCUCCAGUUUUCUUAGGAAAGGUCCAGGCUGUUGUACGGCAGGGGGAGAAAAUAUGUGCUGAAUCUGACCCCAGGAAAGGUGGCCAUAUUCCGCUGGAUACUGACGACUAUUGUAGAGAUUGUUCAGAAUGA